AUGUUAAGAUAUAAAUCAUUAACAAACACAAAUUUUUAUUUAUUACAAUCAAUUUCGAAAAUAAAUAACAACAACAAUUAUAGUUGUUUUAAGAAUAACAACAGUGUAACAUUUUGUAUAAAUAGUAAUAGCAAUAGUAAUAAUAAUAGUAAUAGCAGUUGUAAUAUAGUUCAAUAUCAUAAUUAUUCAAGUAAACAUCAUCAUAGUAAUAAUAGUCAUCAACAUCAUCAUAGUCAUAAUAGUCAUAAUAGUAAUGAACAUAAUAGUCAUAGUAAACCAAUACCAAAUGCAAGAUCAGUAUUGAAAAAGUUCUUUUUAAAAGUACAUCCCGAUUUGUUCUAUCAAUAUCCAAAGUUAAAGAAUAUCAACGAUAAGUCACUGCGAGUUUUACAAAGUUUUCUAGAGGAAGUAAAGAGUGAAAAGGUAUCGAGUAGAUCAUACAAGUUGGAAUUCUACUACUUAGAUGCACGCUCUGCAACUACAACCAACGAAGAUGACAUACCCUACGUAGAAAUUUCAUUCGAUAUCGACAAUUCAACACCCAGAAAACUAAAUACAAUGAUAAAAAAAGCUGAACAAAAGAUACAAAAUUUAUUAAAAAUUACAGGUAUUACAGAUGAAUUCUAUUUAAACUCACUACUUGGAAAAACAGUGAAACAACAGCAUCCGGAUCAAGUUUUCGAAGCUGCCGAUAGUCUGUUGAGUUUUCUGACACACUACUCGAAUGAUGCACGUGAACGUUGCCGGUCGGUCAUCGAUGAGGAGCGAUCGAUCGAUAUUAUUCGUGAUAGAGACCGACAAGAACGAUCGAGACGUUCGAAGCUAGAGACAUUUCAUUUCUCGGAUGAACAGAUCGAUCAACAUAAUAAUGAAAAUAUCGAUGAAGAUUAUGACGGCGAUGACGAUGGCGAUGAGUAUCAAUAUGUUAAUAAAUUCAAUCCAUUUGGUGAGAGUAACAAUAAUAGUAGUGAAAAACAACAGAAGCAACAACAAUAUAUGGGAUUUGGUCAGAGAUUGAAAAGAGGUGGACAAGAAAUGAAACAACAAUUGUUUGAACCAUUUGGAUUGUUUAAAGAUAAGGAUAGUUGGCGAGGUUGGGAUAAGAUUAAAGCUGGUUUCGUCACACCGGAAACCUCUGAGAAAACAGACGAUUCACACAUCUCAUUGAGACUGGAAGGUAUGACAUUGUUCUUUACAAAUAAAUCUGGUGUUGAUUUAGAAGGUAGAUUACAAUUAGAUAUUGAAAAUCCUCAAAAUUGGCAAGAAGAACUGAAUUUAUUGAAACCCUCGAUUGUCAUUAGGAAUAUAAGAUCAUGUAGAGAUAGAAAGAAUUUGGAGAUAGAAGCAGCCGAUUCAAUUGGUGUAGGAUGUAUCUAUACCGAUUACAAUGAACAAAACACAAAGGAGUAUAUCGAUUAUUUAAAGUUUAUCAUUGAAACAUCGGCUGUUUCAGAAGGCUAUAUCAAAUCGAAAUUAAACGAUAUCAAUCUAAGAGUCGUAACACCAAAUUCAACAAAGAUAGAACCAUUUACACUUGAUGAAAGAAAUGGUGUAAUUAAUAUACCUUUACAUGGAAAUGUUGAGGAGAUAUUUCAAUCUUUGGCCCUCCCGUUGGAAUCGACCACCGCUCAACCAUUCGCUUCAACUCUUUCAAAUAUAUACAUCGUAACCGGUAGUAAAAAACUAUUUUUGAGAAAACUAGACGAAAACAUAUAUCUCUUAUUUGGUCAAACAGGAUAUUAUUUUAGUGCUGCAUUUAUAAAAGCGUCUGAUAGAAAUAAUCAUUUCUUUGACACAUUAAAAAUAAACAUCUGA